AUGGUCUUCUUGGUGUGCUGGAAAGAAGUUUGCAUUCGAGGACUCCAUUUGUGGCUCAAGGAUGGCUUUCAUUGGCCUUUUUACGGCCUAUUCAUAUUCCGUGUCAUUGCUACACAUGUUGCUGUAUCUGUCAGUGGGAGGAGAUGCAGACAAUGCAAGAAGAUGGAGGAGGAGGAGGAGAUGGAGGAGCUGCUGGAAAUGCUAGAGAAGGACAUAUGA